UGAGCAAAACAAUGGCCACUCAAGCCGCAAGCCAGGGGAGAGCAGCAGGCACCAAAGACUGGUCAGCGGCGCAAUAUCUCAAAUUCGCCGAGCAGCGCACUCGACCGUCACGCGACCUCAUUGCCCAAAUCCCUCUGGCAACGCCAAAGCGUAUCAUCGACGUUGGAUGCGGUCCUGGAAACUCGACCGAGGUGCUUGCGAAGCAAUGGCCAGACGCGCAUAUUCUGGGCAUGGACUCAUCCCCCAACAUGAUAGAGACCGCACGCAAGGCGCUUCCCAACCUGGAAUUUACGGUGGCGGACUUGCACACUUACCAACCCAAGGAAUCAGUCGACCUAGUCUUUUCCAAUGCGGUCUUUCAGUGGAUAGACUUUGAGCACCGGAUCCCCAUUCUCAGACGACUGCUCGAAUCUAUUCAACCUGGAGGUGUUUUGGCAUUCCAAGUCCCCGAUAACCACACCGAGGCAUCUCACAAGGCUAUGCGUGCAGUUGCCGAGAACGGCCCUUGGUCGGAGACACUUGGACGUCUGAAGCCUUCUCUCGGCCCCUUCCAGACGCCCCUGGAGCUCUACAACGGCUUGAAGCCUCUGUGUUCGUCAAUCGACGUGUGGCACACAUAUUACAACCAUCCAUUGGGCGGUCACCAGGAGAUUGUCGAGUGGGUAAAGGGCACGGGGUUGAGGCCGUUUAUUGAUCCCCUCGAACCGGAGCAAAGGGAGGGAUUUCUGGCGGCGUACCUGGAGAAGCUGAAGGAACUUUACCCUCUCUGCGAUGAUGGGACUGUUUUGUUGCGAUAUCCUCGUCUAUUCUUGGUUGCGGUCCGCGCUUGA